UCAAAUUGCCGUCUUAUGUGUAACUACGAGACAUUCUUUUGAUUUAUCAAUUUAUUGUCACUCGAUUUUGUUGUUUUCUCGGAUUCUGGGCGUGAUCGGUCGGAAUUUGCUUUUUCUUUGCAUUGAUUGUGUUUGUGUGCUCCAAUUGUCGAGAAACUGCAAUGGUAGAACCGGAGUAAUUGUUUGCAUCACCGAAAAAUGGAAGACACCGGAUUGGAUAUAAAUUAUGCGGAUCUCUCACGGCCGCAAGUGAUAGCGAAGUAUCUGGAGAAUUUGCGUGUACUCAAAAGAAUUGCCGAACACAACUGGCAAAUAAGCUCGCGGCAAUUCGAUGAUUACAUUUAUACGCAGUAUUUUGCGUUCGGUCGUAACAUUGGCACCUUCACAAGUUUGUACAGCAACUACCAAUGGGUGGGCGGAAAUGGAGCUGAAUUGGUUAAACAAAUUAUGGACCGGAAGCAGAAGAUUCUCCUGUGGAUGCUGUACCUCUUCAUUGCGUUGCUCUUCAUAUCAUACAAACAUGAAGCGUCGACGAUUGUCUUGCGCAACAUCCAAACUUUGAUCUAUCCCGGCAUGAAACUGUGGCGCAAGAUGACUUUGCCGGUGAUAAGCAAAUUCCCGGGACUCACGGAAUUGUACGACGAGUCGUGUUUAAUCAUGAAUCCUUUCUUCAAAGUGGAUGACUUGAGCUGCGAACCGUGCGCGGAUGUGAUGAAUGUGUUGGACUUUACGCACGUUAAGCAAACCAGCAAUUUGGUGCCUUUUAUAUUUAAGAUAAACCAAGAGCCCGUUUUUAUGUCGGACCUCUUUGAAGUCUAUAAAGCCAAUAAAGAUGUUUUCCGUAGAGAUGCCUAUCGUGUCAAGUCAACAAAUCGUGAUGUCACCAAUCUGGAUGAAAUGUUCCAGGAUUUCAAUCGAACUCACCAGAUUCCAAGCCAUAAUUUAUGGCGAUGUAAUCGCAUGCCGCCUGCACGCCAAUUAAGACAGAUGUUCGUCCGACCCAGUCGUCUUCCAGCAACUGGGCUUGCAUUGGAACGAUUUUUGUCAAUAGAUACCAAGGAUGCACCAGUGUAUCCACUUCCGGAUGCUGAAUGUGAAAAUAUGUAUAUACAACAGGCGUUAGGAACGCGUACAAUAAUAUUACGUCCAGCCGUGGAAUGCCGGCACAUAUGCCGAACGAUUUCUGUUCGUUUGCCCCAGUCAUUUGUUCUGAGCUACAACUGGUGGUAUUGGAAGCCGAUAUCUUUGCCAGAUCAAUUGACCAACUCAAUGUCAAUCAGCCUAAUCGGAUCCUAUUGUUAGUGAGCGAAGUCUCUUUUAACGGUUCUAGUCAUAAAACGAGAAUUUUAAUCAAGGGAGAAACGACGUAACUAGCGCCCGACAAAGGUUGUGGGAGUGACAACUAAAAGUAACACCAUUUGAAGAUUUGAUUUAAGCCAAAAACGUAUAUAAUGCAUUUAACUCUUUUACGUUUGAUUUUAAGUAAUAAUGUAACGAACCCUUACCAAAAAAUGAGAUGGAACUGUAAUAUGAUUUUUUGGCCAUUUCCUCUAGAGUAGAAUGAAUGGAAUUUGAGAGAGGAGAAAGCAGAGUUUUAUAUGAUGGACGAUGUUGCUUUAUUACUGGUAAAUAUCUGAAUGCAUGAAUCCUAAACCCUAAUCUUAUGAUAUUGUUUGACUGUACGGAAACCGUAACGUCAAUAAAGUUAACAAGGAAAGUGAAAGCUUCAAUUAUUUAUUAGGUGUACAUAUAAGUUUAUGUUAUUAUCAAGAUAAUAUCUCCAUAUUCCGUGUUAUUUUUAUGGUUUAAGCAAGUGAAAAUGGAUCGCUCAAAUUAAAAUAUUGUUGAAAAUAAUCAAAAUCAUGCCAAUAAAUGAAAUGCUAUUGAGUUUUUAAAGCU